AUGGCUGCUCAUUCGCACGUGAUGACAACGACUGUCGUUACGGUCGUUGCCUUGAUCACCGCUGUCACGACGUUCACUGCCAUUGCCAUCGUUGGUUACAUUAUCAACGAUAUCAACAACUUCUACGAUCACACUAUCGAGGAACUAGCCGAGUUUAGGGACUUGGCCAACUCAGCAUGGCAUGAGAUGAGACCACAGCCGCGCGAUCCUUUCCGACAGAUCAGAUCGGUCAUAGAAGGUCGUACACGUCGUCAAUUACCAGACAUUUGCAACUGUGGACCGCAAGCUCUUACUUGUCCCGUGGGACCACCUGGCCCUCAAGGACCACCUGGUGCAACAGGAGAACCAGGUAAUCCUGGAACCCCAGGCAUACGUGGUCACGACGGAAUCUCGUUAAGCGGUGGAGGAGGAGAAAUUGGAUGCAUCAAGUGUCCCGCUGGACCGCCAGGUCUACCUGGUCCAGACGGUCCGAUGGGCCCACAAGGUGUCGACGGAGCACCAGGAAUGGCAUCCCCGUCUGGCGCCGUUGGAGCACCAGGACCGGCUGGACCAGAUGGUGAUCAAGGACCACCAGGUCUACCAGGACCUCCAGGUCUUCCUGGAUCUCCUGGAAUGAACGCUCAGUCUGGAACAGGCCUACCAGGGCCACCAGGAGUCGCUGGACCACCUGGUCCACCAGGUGCUCCUGGGCUUAAUGGAGUCGAUUCACCGCCUGGAACACCUGGACCAAUGGGUGAACCAGGGCCACCAGGAAGUGCAGGACCACGCGGAGCAGAAGGACAAGCAGGAAUGGAAGGUCCUGCAGGUCUACCUGGUCACGAUGCCGAAUACUGUCCAUGCCCACCAAGGUCAACGAAAUUCGAUCGGCGCAGUAUUUUAGCGGACAGUUUUGUCGACAAUGCAGCCGUCAGUUCUUACAAUCUCAGGAUGAGAGAUGACGUGCAUAUGGGCGCCACUCGUUUGGUUAAUAGAAGGGCUCUUCGUAGGCGUAAGCACUGA